AUGCAUUGCAGCCUGGAUCAGGGCAAACUGCUCAUCUCAAGUUUUGCGUGCAGUACGGAGUACGUUUGGACCACGCGCAAGCUGCGCCUCUACUGCGCUGAGCGGGCACAGCUGCUCGUGCGGGUGGUGCUGCAUGGCGUUGGCGACAAGGGGAUCAAGUCCGAGUCCUCCGUACUGUACCUUCCGGGGCCACGUACUGAUUUCACAGUUAUGGUACCUUGGAUCAGCCGAAAUGCAGCGAUCUAUGCCAUCCACAAACUCGGCCGCAAGGCCAGGGAGGCUCGCAUCUCAGCUCGAGCCCCGCUUCAGUCGACCUCCCGUCGUCUGGAACAGCAUCGAGUUACCAACGUGGACGCGGCGCACACCUUAGUUGACCUGCACCCGUACGGCGGAGUUCAGAGUUCCGUACGGAGAGCCGCCGCUCACCUGUUCCCCCUGCUGCCGCCUUUGGGGCCAACAGCUGCGCCGCGGGAGUCGAAUGAGGCACUCGCGUUGUUCCUGUUCCGCAGCUCAGCCUCCGCCAACACCGAGUGCCUGUCGAGGAUCGACGAUCGCCGAAUUUCGUCAUUCCAGAUCCGCGGAUCGUCGACCCAAGCGACCCCACUCGUCGAGCCUCACACCUCAGCCCUACAAGGCAGGCGGAUGGACGGAUGGAGAGAAGAAGAUCCUUACACUACGGAUAACAACAACGUGGGCUCAAGAGAGGGAGACCCACGACCAAGAGGUGGCGGCCCCCACAUCCCGCGGCUCAUGUCCUCGCCGCAAGCCAACGUCUGA